UAACAGCUGUUACAUUUAAAAUGUAAACAUUGCUGUUUUAUUUUUCCCUCCCAGUGUUAAAUAACUGCCCAAAUAUCUCAGGAAUUAUGACAGAAAAGGAUAUUAAUGCCAAUGAUAACCAAACUGCAUUAAAAGAUGAAUGGGCGAUAAGACCCUGCGCGGUAUACAAAGACGAAUAUGAUGAUUGCACUAGUUUCAAAGCACGAUUCCAUCAAUAUUUUAUCAAUGGACAAAAUACAGACUGUACACAAUGGCAAACGGAUUAUAACAAUUGUGUAAAAUACCGGGAUUCGAAUGGAAAUGAUGUAAAUGCUGGUGUUGCUGUCAUUAAGAGUGAAGAAGAACGACGUUUAAAACGUUUUCAUGGUCACUAUGCGAAUAAUGUAUGGGAGAAGAGAAAGUCUCCGCCAGAAGAUUGGUCAAAACCUUUGCCAGAAUGGAUGGAAAAGAAAAAUGAAAAUUCCUACUUGCAAUUAAAGCAAAUGGAAAUGGAAGGAAAAAUUCCCGCGCAAGAUGAAAAAUCUUAUUGUUCGAUAAUGUAGUGAAGCAAUAUAAUAAAAUGAAUAAAGUUUUUCUACAAAAAUACAAA